CACGUUUUGAACUGCGCAAUUGACUUACGUCUGCUAUCACUCCAAUUCCGUCCUCGAAACGACGACGCUCCUCUCACGACAUUGCCCGCUCCCACUCUCGGACUGUGGCAACCACGACUGCAGGCUUACGACACACGACCCGACCACGCAAUCAGAGGUCGCUCGCUUCAGCAACGGCUACCACUGUCAUCUUCUUUGUAUAUCCUCGCCGGCAACGAGCGAACCUCAUCCUCUCGAUACUUUCGACGACGCACCGAUUGACCGACCUCGCUGACGUCGCACCCCCAUCCACCCUAUCAACAGCAUGGCGGGUCGCAGCAGCCCAAUGGGCGCUGGGGCCUCUGGCCCAAACGACUACGGCGAGGAAUGGGCUCACGACCUGCGGGUGAAGUUCGAGGGACUACUCCGCGACAAGCGCAUGAACGACCUGCGCGCAUCCUCCCGCCAUGCCUCGCCAGCACAUGGCCUCUCCGAGCGAGCAUCAAGCGCAAACCUGCGAGCGUCCAACUCCACAACAUCAAGCCGUCCUUCAACAUCACAAGGGUCGGCACUUCCCUCCUACGCCUCGUUACGGCACCUCCCCAUCGUCCCCACAGCCCCCGACGCGAGCGACCGCGAGGCACAAAAGCUCCGCAACCUGCUCAUCAGCUUGUCUUUGACACCGACCAAGUACGAGAACCCCGGACUUCUGGACGAAGCCCUCCAGAUCAUCCCUCUCGACAGGAUAUACAGCGAAGCCGAGGAAGAGAGCCAGGUAUUACAGGCCGAGGCUGAGAGUAUGGGCGAUGGUCGACGGCCGGAAUGGGGAUACCAAGAUUGCGUUAUUCGUGCAUUACUAAGAUGGUUCAAACGAUCAUUUUUCACAUGGGUGAACAACCCUCCUUGCCAGACAUGUCUUUCACCUACCGUCGCACAGGGCAUGACCGCACCAACGCCCGAGGAGAGUGCGUGCGGUGCGCUGAGGGUCGAACUGUACCGAUGCUCGUCACACUCAUGCGGGGCGUACGAGCGGUUCCCCCGCUACGGUGAUGUGUGGCGCUUGCUGCAAACCCGUCGAGGGCGGGUCGGCGAGUGGUCCAACUGCUUCAGCAUGUUGUGCCGCGCAGUCGGUGGCCGAGUACGCUGGGUCUGGAAUGCCGAAGACCACGUCUGGACUGAAGUCUACUCGGACCACCAAAAACGAUGGAUUCACGUCGAUGCCUGCGAAGAGGCUUGGGACAACCCGCGACUGUACACGGAAGGCUGGGGCAAGAAGAUGUCCUACUGCAUUGCCUUCUCAAUCGACGGUGCCACCGAUGUCACGCGGCGCUAUGUCCGCAAGUCCGAGCAUUCACAGAACCGGAACCGAUGUCCCGAGGAGGUGCUACUCUACAUUCUCAACGAGAUCAAGGCCUCGCGCCGGGCCAACAUGAGCAAGGACGAACGCUUUCGCUUGGAAAAGGAGGAUCAGCGCGAAGACCGUGAGCUCCGUGGCUACGUCGUCGCUGUCAUUGCCCAGGCCGUGACGGAUCUCGUACCCGGCAUGACGUCGCCAGCCUCUUCUUCCGGCGCCCCCAGACAGCCCAGCCAAGACCGCAAGGUGCCUGCCGAGCAGCCUGGGCGUACCAAUGGUGGCCGUCUGAGUCAGCCAUCGCGAAACCCCCCUCUCCCACCAAGAGACUUCAACCGCCAGCCCUAAGUGCACCAGAGUCGGUGAAUGUCACAUCGCCGACAUCCACGAUCUCUCUCCCUUGUCAUAU